AUGGACGGUGUAUCAUCCGAUCAAGGCGAAGAUACCCGCAGCACCACGUCCAGCGUCGAGGUCCAGCGUCAAGUCGAGAUCAUGGAUCGCCCCCCGAUCGAUCAGCCUUGUGGCAGCCGCGACUACCGCCCCAUCUUACCGCGUCCUGGUCCAUCAUCGGUUCCGCUCGUGCAUCCAAACCGAACUCCAACCCAGAUUACAGAAUAUGCUCGAGCAUUGUCCCUUUUGGUCGGGUUCCUUAAGAAUCACGUCAAGAAAGGGAACAAACAGACCCACUUUCUGGCAGCGUACAAUUCCAAGUAUCAUCUCCGUAAUGGCGCCCUCGACAUCCCGUCCAAAGCAGUGGUCGAGUUUUGGGAGAAGUACGUCGAUUUUGUGAACGCCUACGGCAUGAACUAUAUCGACAUGACUCAAAAAAACCACGAACCCAACUCCAUUACCGAGCGCAUCGAUCCAAACGGCUUCAAGUUCUUUAUUGAUCUGGACUUCAAGUACGAGACUUUCAAAGCCUGGCAACCCAAGGAAUUCCGAAAGCUGGUCUAUACCAUCCUCAGCAACAUCAAGCUCAUCAUAAUGAAUAACUGCAGAGAAAUCACCGAUUCCGACCAUGCCGAUGAAGACCUUAUCGAGAUCAUGUCGAGCCGCAACAUUGUCGGGUGGCACAUCAACUACCCCAACCUGGUUACUUCCAAAGUAACCGCGAUCGCCUUGCGAGACGUCAUUGUCAAGAAACUCACAUCCAUUCUUUUCGACAACGACUUCGGUGUCAUUGAUCUUGACAAUAUUAUCGAUAAAUCCGUCUACAACAACUCUGGGCUUCGAAUGUACGGCAGCCACAAAGGAAUCAUGGGUGCUACCGCUAAGGGCAAGACCACGGACGAAACCGCCAAACAGAAAGAGCUCGAAAUGACCCAAACCAUCUACCGAUUCGGCGGCAACGUUCCCUUUGGCUAUGUCUACCGCCGAGCCGAGUUGGUUCCUAUGGAAAACGAGGACGACUACGAAUACAAGCGAUACGAUGAACCUCUCACGGUCGGUGCCAUACAACUCACGAGCCUCCGCCUCGACCAUAUCGUAGUCAAUGGCAGUCUUACCAAUCUACCGAUGAAGGAAACGAUCUUCGGUACAGAUCCGGCCCUGGAAAUCCAUCUCAUCCCUAUCACAAUGGUCGGCAAAACCAUCUUUUCAGACGGAAGACGUGUCAGGCGCCGACCCAGGAAUGAAGACGAUGAGAACAGUGACGACGACACCGGAACACAUUACGGCGAUUACCUUCAGGCGGCAACCAAAGGUGUGGCCACCGUUCCUGGAAUCGAUUUCGUCGAUUGCCCCCCGCUUAUUUUGCAAGUUGUCCAGACGAUCCUUCGCAAUACGACCAGCGUUCGCUUUGACGUCAAAGACUAUAAAAAGUAUGUCAAUGAUGUUCAUUUAUUCACAUUGGCUCCUCAAGUAUGUCCCUUCUACAAGAGAAUGCAUACUCGUGGCGAAAACGGACGUGGAUCACUCUAUGUCCUCAUCUCUCCAACGGACAGAGCCGGAAAGGCUUCUGAUGACUUUACCGGCAACUUUUACAUGAGCUGCUUUGCGGAUCGAUGUGUUCAUCACAAUGUCUUCAUCCAGGAUAUUGUUUGGAGACACGUCGUCCCCGGAAAAAUCCGAGUCGAGACAGCCGAUAUCCAGUCGAGUCAAGCCGACCCAGUGCCUCCGACCGCCAAUUCGUACAUCGACCGAGGACUCGACUCUGAGCUCGAUAUUUCCCCCGAGGUCGUCGAAAGAGUCGAUAGUGCUGAGAACACCCUUCAGUGCCUCAUAAGAGAAGCUUGCUUGGAGCAGCAGGAGUACAUCUACAAACUCAUCCACGAGCACAUGGUAGAUCCAAGACUUGUCGCUGAAAUGAUGCCCGAGGGACCCGAUGUCGAACAGCUCUCUUUCUUGGAGCUCUUGAUGAUUCUUCCGCUGAUCGUCGCCAAGUCCCCGCCUCCUUCUAGACUGAACGAAGCAUCACCGAUGGUCACGAUCACCAAGAAUUUGAUCGAGCGUGCUCGUAUCAGUGCUGUCGAGAUCCGAGGAGUCCUUGGUGAGCUCAAGGACGUGUCCCUUGGGGAUGCAAUCUUUAGCAUACCGGCCAUUCAAGACUUUCACUGCCCGGAUGAACUUGCCUCUCAGUACUCGACCGGAGGUAUCAGGGGUUUUGUGUUCACGCCUAUCGAACAUCGCUGGAUCGCACGUACCGAUUCGGUCCGCAACUUUAUCCUACACGGUGCAUUUUUCGGAUCGGUUAUCAAUCUCAAAAAGGGCUCGAACAUGAGUUAUAUCCAGCUCAUCUUUUACGCCGCCUACCUGGGAGAAGUCCUGUCAUUGUCGUUCAAGAGCAGCAAGCAACCCCCGCACGACACCACUGACGAUGCUGAUGCUGAUGCUGAUGCGGGUAAUGACGGUGACGAUACUCGAGCCAGGAAGAAGGGACGUGGGAACGACGGUCGCAAAAUCAAGAAGGUUGAAUCCGAGCUUGUCAAGACACUGAAGCGGCUUGACAAGACUUAUAAGGAGAUCAAAUCAAUUCUCGGAAGCCAGUUGAAGAUCAAUGGACUUAUCGCCCAGGUGUCGAACAACUGCCGCCGUCACUGGGCAGUCAUGACCGAGAAGAUCUAUGAAGAGCGUCGCUCCUCCCAUGAGCUGGCUGUGCAUAACAACAGCUCCAGAGACGUUGACAAGUUCCGCCAUCUUCUGAACACCAAUCCUUCGCUCCUCGGAUGUGCCAACUGUGUCCUCGAGUUCCGUGAGAAUGUUGAUCCGGUCACGAAGAAACGACUCGGUAGCUUCAAGGUGAAGGCCCGUGCAGGCCGCCCGGAAGACUAUGUGUCGUCGUCGACGCACCACGUCUACCUCAAGUACGAGAAAUACCCCAUCGAGCUUCGCGAGGCCAUGGAGUCCUUCAUCAACCAAAUCUUACCCAUCGAGCAUCAGCGCAAGUACAUUAUGCACCGCUUUGCCUCGUGCCUGAAGGGUGUCUUGAGCGAGCAAGUCUUUACGCUUCUCCAGGGCAAAGGCUCCAACGGCAAGUCCAGUCUGAUCCGAUUCCUUCGCCGCGCUACCGGGGAUUACUUCAAAACCUGCAGCGUUUCCCUGUUUACGGAGAAGAGGGGGGAUCCGUCAAGACCGUCGCCCGAUCUCCUGCGCCUGAUCGGUUCGCGCAUUGUCGUUUGUCAGGAGCCCAACCGAGACGACACCUUGCUCCUGGGAACGCUCAAAUCCGUCACCGGUGGUGACAUCAUGACCGGUCGCCAGCUCUUUGUCAAUGACGAAGUCGAGUUUCUACUUGCCUGCGGCUUCUUCAUGAUGUGCAAUGACAUUCCCAAGAUCGAUGCGAGCACACAGGACGAAGGAACGUGGAGACGGUUGAUUAUUGAAAAGUUCAGCAGCACCUUUAUCCCUCCAAACCACCCGACACGCAUCCCCGAUCCCGACAACUAUGUCUUUGCCGGCCGCAGCGAUGUCGACGAAUCCAUCAUCUCCUGGGCGCCCAUGUUCCUGAGUUACCUGGUCGAGCAGCUCAAGCGCCCGCCUCCUCCUUUGCCGCAAGAGUUCCAGAAGACGGUCGACGACAUCCGAUGCCAGAACGACACUGUGGCCCAAUUCAUCCAAGAGUGCGUUAACAAGCAGGCAACCCGAGACCAUAGCCCCGAACGCAUCGCCUUCCACCGCAACGACGUCUGGAACAAGUACUCGAGCUUUAUGCGCAAUCGCAACAUCAGAAUCAACAGCACCGGGCAGGCCUUUAGCAAGUUCUUUGCCAAAUUCGAGGAGCAGCUGGGAAUCCAGGGACGAGACCAUGAGGGAGCCUUCGUCUAUGACUUGGUCGUUACCGCGGCGGUCUGGGACUCGCUCUAG